GAGGAUGUCCAGCAGCAAGAAGAUGGAGACGUCGGGAUGGAUGAAAUGGUUCCUGGGUGUCAGAGAGCGAGAGCUUCUAACUCGUCGGGAGGCCGUCUAUAAGGAGGGAAGCUUCGUGAACGUGGCGACUGGGCGGCAGUGGCCGGCAGGACAGUUUGACUGGCCAUCGAUCCAGGAGCUCCGCAAGCAAGUCGAAGCCAAAGUGGUCCCGGACUCCAAUGCGAGGGCCAGCCCUGUUUUGCGAGUUGUGGAUGCCUGCGAUGUCGGCGAACUGCAGGCCAUGCUGCGAACCGAGGAUCGGGCGAUGGUGCAGAUAGCUUCGAACUUCAACUGCUUGGAGAAUCCCUCACGCGGCUGCCUGCCCGACUAUGGAGGCCUGGUGGAGAACUACUGUGUGGAUGCAACUCAAGGACCCGCUGCAUCCUUCGGCGUUCCUGCCGCCAGCCUGCUUCGAGCACAUUAUGCCUUCCAUGAUCCUUCGAAGCCACCGGAGGAGUGGGGGCAGACUGCAAAGCAGCAGGUCGAGCUUUUGGGCUCCGUGGCGAAGUACUUCGGGAAGUGUGUCAAUGGCAAAGUCACGUUGACCGGGGACGAGGAGGGAAUAGGGGAGGUUGCACAACAGAUCAAGGUGGGCAUCCACCGAGAUGCACAGGUCAUCUUCGGGCGCGGGAGCUCCGAGAUUUACAUGGGGAUGCUGGAGGAGCCGUACCCCUUGGUCGAUCAGGUUAUCUCGGCCUCGGUCAAUUGGCGAUCUCCAGGCGCAAGGCCAGCACAGGAGCAGCUUCUUAGCCUGACACGCGCGGCACUGCGAGCGGCGUACGAGGGCGCCUACCUCGCAGCGAUUGAGCGUGGUCGGCACUUGCUGCUGCUUACGCUGAUCGGUGGCGGUGCCUUCGGCAACCCACAGGAGAUGAUUCUGGAGGAGCUGGCCGCUGCACAUGCUCGCUUUGCCUCUCAUCCGGCCAGCGAGCUGCGGGAAGUCAGGCUUUGCCUCUUCGUCGCCGGAACGGCAAAGCCGACGGAAGCCAAGCUAAACGAUCUUCUUGAAAGCCUGGGUCGGAGCUAG